AUAAAUAUGUAAGAUUGAGCUUGGGGAGGCCCAUUAAUGGAAUCCCAAUUCUCUUUCCCUAACCUAUUCCAAUUUUGCUAACCCUAAACACAGCAGCGCGAUCAAGAUUCAAGGGGACCUCUAUUCUCUUUCCCUAACCUAUUCCAGUUUUCCUAACCCUAAACACAGCAGAUUCUUCCUCUUCAUCUGAUUUUCGGUCUCCGAUUGCUUAAAAAAGGUACAAAAAAGCACGCCUUUCCCAAAUUUUCAGGCGAGCCAAGGCGAGCGCUAAAGCGCAUCAAGCGCUCGCCUGACUGAAGGCGCCUCGACUGGAUGGUCUAGAGGCGCCAUCAGUCGACUAAGCGCCUAGGCGCACCAGGUGAGCGCCUUUGACUACACUGGUUAAUGGUGUGUUGUAAGGGGAACACAUGGACCAAAUUUCAGAGAAGAAGUUUCCUGUCAGUGCAAAAGAUUACAAGUUAUAUGAAGAUGUUGGUGAAGGUGUCAGCGCCACUGUUUAUAGGGCUCUCUGUAUUCCGCUCGACGAGAUGGUUGCAAUCAAGGUUCUUGAUUUGGAAAGGUGCAACAAUGACCUGGAUGGAAUACGACGAGAGGUACAGACAAUGAGCUUGAUUGACCAUCCAAAUGCAGUGCGAGCAUAUUGUUCCUUUACUGCAGGGCACAGCCUUUGGGUUGUGAUGCCCUACAUGGCUGGCGGAUCCUGCCUUCAUAUAAUGAAAUAUGCCUAUCCAGAAGGUUUUGAUGAGCCUGUUAUUGCUACCUUAUUGCAUGAGACUCUCAAAGCUCUUGUAUAUGUUCAUGCCCAUGGUCAAAUCCACAGAGAUGUUAAGGCUGGGAACAUCUUAAUCGAUUCUAAUGGUGCAGUUAAGUUAGCAGACUUUGGAGUUUCGGCAUGCAUGUUUGAUACGGGAGAUAGACAGCGGUCUCGAAAUACUUUUGUUGGAACCCCAUGCUGGAUGGCCCCUGAAGUUAUGCAGCAAUUACAUGGAUAUGACUUUAAAGCAGAUAUCUGGUCUCUUGGGAUAACUGCUCUUGAACUUGCUCAUGGCCAUGCUCCUUUCUCCAAGUAUCCACCAAUGAAAGUUUUGUUGAUGACCUUACAAAAUGCACCUCCAGGACUUGACUAUGAAAGAGACAAAAGAUUUUCUAAGUCAUUCAAAGAGUUGGUAGCUGCUUGCUUAGUGAAGGAUCCAAAGAAACGCCCUACCUCAGAAAAGUUAUUGAAACACCAUUUUUUCAAACAUGCUCGAUCAAAUGAAUACCUUGCUCGAACGAUUCUCCAAGGUCUUCCUCCGUUGGGGGAUCGCUUUAGGAUACUGAAGGCAAAAGAUGCUGAUCUUCUUGUUCAGAAUAAGGCUUUGUAUGAGGAUAAGGAUCACUUAUCACAGCAAGAGUAUAUAAGAGGAAUAAGUGCCUGGAAUUUUAACCUUGAGGAUUUGAAAAGUCAGGCUGCUUCGAUUCAGGAUUAUGAUGACAUGCCAAAUGCAUUAGAUCCCGAUGGAAGUGCCAAGCAACGAGACUGGCAUAAUAACAUUGAGCUUCCGGUUGAGAGGAUUUCCCACGAUAGGGCUAACCAUUCAACUACUGCUCCUAGUCAUGAGGAUGGAUUAAAUGAUAUGCAUGAUUUGGAAAGUUCACUUGCUUCGUUUCCUAUUAAACCUCUUCAAGCACUUAAAGGUUGUUUUGAUGUUGGUGAUGAUGAUGAUGAUACGGAUGCAACUAGUCCAAGCUGGAAAGGUUUUGCCCAAACAGCUUCCGAGCAACAGGUUCUCACAAAAUUAACAUGUAGUGCUGUUAAUCAAGGAAUUGAAGAAAAUGAAGGUGAUAAUUUUGAGCGAAGCAGUUCUUUACCCCGUCAUAUUUCUGUGGAGUAUAAAAAAUGUUUGAGCGGUCCAUUAGUACCAGAGAAUUCCCUUUCUCCUAAAAAAAUCAUUGGUGAUGAAAAUAGGGACCUUUCACAGCCAAAAUAUCAACCAGAACGGAAUUAUAGUGGUCCAUUGUUAUAUCGACAGAAAAGAGACAACAACAAUCUUCCAUCUGCAGAAGAUGUGUCAGAAGGAGCAGUUGUCCAACGUAAGGGGCGCUUCAAGGUUACUUCCGCAGAGCUCAGCCCAAAGGGUCCUACAAACUGGUAUUUUACCCCAGUUAGUGGAAGUUCGUCAAACGUUACAGCUGCCACCGUUCUCCCAUCACUGCAAUGCAUUCUGCAGCAGAACGCCACACAGAGGGAAGAAAUUAUUAAACUGAUAAAGUAUAUGGAGCAAGGCUCUGGCAAGCAAACGGAGCUCACUGAGGCAGCCACAAAUGAUCCAUCACAGGUAUCGCCUACUGCUGCUCGGGAAAGGGAACUGCAGGCUGAAUUGAUUAAUCUGCAACAAAGUGUUGGAAGCCUUGUCGAGGAAUUGCAGAGACAGAAGUUGAAAAAUGCUCAGUUAGAAAGACAACUGAACGGUUUGGUGUAUAAGUAAGGAGUAAUGUUUGUAGCAGGUCGAGAGUAUAUUCUUUGGUGGCAAAAAGAUCAUCACGUAACCAUCUGCCACGUAUCGAUGAGGUAUAAGGGGCAUCUUAGGUUAUGCAUUGUAUUUUCUAGUGUACUAUAAUAUGUGUGAACAUGUAAAUGGUAGAGAUGCCAUUCCUCUGAGUCUCGCAUCAUGUGUGAGACGGUGUUGUAAUUUGUUGACCUGAUUGUAAAUUAUGAUUCAGUUUUGUUCUCUGUGUAUUGUUAUUUCCUUCAUCGCCUGUUCUGGCCAGCCAUGUGGAAUAAGGGAUUAAAUCAAGUUUAUGCAGAGGUACUAUACUGCUAUUUUUUUGUA